GCGCGCUGUGUCAGGUCGUGUGUUAUGGAACAGAUAUAGUUAUUACAUAUACAAUAAUGAAAGUCAGCCGACUCAGGGAGCUACUUAGUCUCUACGUCUACGCGUAAACAAACUAAUUCAUAACGAUUUACACACGAUAUUCUUGAACGCGAACGAGAGGAUGGAAACUUCGUAGCCCUACUCCACAUUGAACUCACGUUACCCUUUGACAGCCGAUUCAACCUCCUGAAUAUCAUGCUUCCAAUGUCAGCCCUCCGUGCCACCUGUUCGCGACUCUCCUGUAUCGGUGUGACCCACCGAGGACAGAUGAACUUAAGCUUGUUCUCAAACACAGCCCCUUCAAACUGGAGUAAAGUGGUGUCCGAGGCGGAGAAGAUUGUGGGUUAUCCUACCUCAUUCAUGAGCCUGCGAUGCUUGCUGAGCGAUGAACUCAGUAAUGUUGCGAUGCAUGUCAGGAAGCUGGUCGGGACAAAACACCCACUGCUCAACACUGCCAGGGGCUUCGUCUACGACAGCAGGAACAACCUCCAGAUGAGAGGCCUGGUGAUCCUGCUCCUGUCCAAGGCGGCGGGGCCCAGCAGCCAGUCAGCCCCCGAUCUCCAGCCUCAGGACAUGGUGAGCGGGAUCUACCCCAGCCAGCGUAACUUGGCUGAGAUUGCGGAGUUGAUCCACACGGCCUUCCUGGUGCAUCGCGGCGUGGUCAACCUGAAGGAGUGGUCCAACGACGGGCAGCUGAAGGACAUGCAGUUUGGCAACAAGAUGGCCGUCCUGAGUGGAGACUUCCUCCUGGCCAACGCGUGCACAGGACUCGCACAGUUAAAUAACACCAAGGUUGUGGAGCUGAUCUCGAGUGCCAUCGGUGACCUGGUGCAAGGCGUUUACUAUGAGAGCUCUCCUAACCUCCAGGACAGUAAUCCCGGAGACAUAAUCGACGUGGAUGUGUGGGAGGAGCAGACCUUUCUGUCCCACGGUGCACUGCUCGCCAAGAGCUGUCAGGCGGCGAUGGAGUUGGCCAAGCACAAGCCCGAGUCCCAGCGCCUGGCCUACACUUACGGCAAGCACCUCUCCCUGGGACACCAGCUGCACGCUGACCUGCAGCCGUUCGUGGCGGGCGGGGGCGGGGCGCCGGCGGCGGCGUUCAGUCUGAACUCCUGUCCCGCAGUCCUCCACCGGCAGAUCGUGGGCCAGGACAAUUGGCAGCAGCAGUUGGAGGAGGCGAAGGCAUUUAAGGACCAACUGGAUUAUUCAAUGCUGUGGGCGGCGAUCAAGUCGGAGAGAGGCGUGAGCUCGGCGGUGGACUUGUGCCGUUACCAUGGGAACAAGGCACUGGAAGCCAUCCAGGCUUUCCCUCCCUCCGAGGCGCGCUCCGCCUUGGAGAACAUCACCGGCGCAGUCACCAAAUUCUGACCGGACUCUCCACUG